CACAGCACUGAUACCUAAGAAAACUAAGGGUACAGGCGAAAUACGUCUUUUAUGAAUUUCUUCAGAAAACUGCUUGGCAAAUUGGAAAGAUGACGAACAAUGUGACUGUGCACUGCAAUGGUUCAUUGACGAAAGAAAUGCAUUAUAUUUUGAUUGGAAUAUCUAUACCAACAUUUCUCCUGGGAUUAACAUUUAAUGCAAUGACCCUAUGGGCAUUCUGCUGCAAAUUCAGGAAAUGGACAGAGACCAUUAUUUUUUUGACAAACCUGUCGAUUUCAGACAGUGUCCUGCUCCUGUCUUUACCCUUCAAGAUGUACAGCUACAGGAGUACUUGGAACCUUGGAUCGAGCUACUGCACAUUUCUCGAAUGCUUGUAUUUUGUGAACAUGUACGUGAGCAUCUACACCGUUGUCUGCAUAACCGUAGAUCGAUACAUUGCAAUAAAGUACCCAUUUAAGGCAAAGUACUUCAGGCCACCAAUGACAGCCACAUUUGCAUGUGGUGCAACUUGGAUUUUAGUAUGUUCACUUUCAAUUUUCCUGAAAGUAAAAUUUAACAAUGCCAUUGAUGAGAAAAUUUGUUUUCAGAAAACCACUGUACAGCCAACGAAAGCUUGGAUCAUCAUUUCCAUUGAGUUGUUUGGAUUUGUAAUACCUUUCCUCAUUUUGAGCUUUUGCUCAUUUCACAUCAUCAUGACUCUCUGCAAAAAAAGUACAAAAUCCCAGGGAAACCUCAUGUUCGGACGAAGCAUAAAAAUUGUCGUCUCAAAUCUAAUCAUCUUUUUUCUUUGUUUCAUGCCUUUUCACACAGGAUUAUUGCUUGAAUUUCUGCAAGAGAUGUCAAAGCCAGAUUGCAAAUUGCUGACUAAUGUACGUCGUUUUAUGAGCGUGUCUUCAUCUAUAGCUAAUAUGAACUGCUGCCUGGAUGGAAUAAUUUAUUAUUAUGUCUCCAUAGAAACUCGUGAGUUUUUAAAUCGAACUAAAAAGAAUGGUAACAAUUUAAACCUUUACACUGUAUCUUUUCAGAACACUCAAGACGCUUGGCAGUCAGGCAUUCAGUAGCUCAUGAUGAUGAAUAUAUUCAUUGGAGCAGACAUACAACAUUAGAUCAUUGACUGCACAACCCUGUUCCAUCAUUCCAUUGGACUAUUGCUUACCUGUAUCUUGUCUUGAAGCCUAGCACAUCACUGAUGUCAUGUUUAUAUCACUGUAUUCGUGACUAUCUCAUAUUCUACAUAGAAUGCAUUGGCUGAGACAGUAUGUGAUAAAAGGGAUCUGAAUGCAUACCGAAAGAGAAAUGAAAAUUUGAAGGGCUACAGAGAAAGGGCUGUGGAAUGGGAAGAGCUAAUGGCUCUUUCAGAGAACUCCAAUAGACAAGACUGGUCAAAUAGCAUCUUUCUGAAUUUCAAGAACAGAUGAGAGACCAACAAUCCCCAAUGUUAUAAAAUUAAUGAAUGCAGCCAUAUAUUGAUCAUGAUUCAGGCAGUAUCAAUCAAUGGGAGUUUGUUAACUAGUAUGAUGUUGAAUUAGAUGAUUAAAAAACAGAUUAUACAAGGCCACGACCAGUUGAAUGACUACUUUUGAUCUUGCAUCUUAUUUCCUUCUACUUACUUUUGUUCCACAAGCCUAACACCUCCAUCUAAAAACAAAUACUGGAAAAAUAUAAUUCAAUCUCCAGCUAAAUCUCAAACAAUUAGUAUUUUUAAAGAAUAA